AUGAAAGGCUAUAAUGGAUGGGCUUCUUCAUUGAUGGUUGCCUCUGUCGGGGGUCCUGCCUUAGCAAGGGUAUGUGCUGUUGCACGUCAAGCAGCUGCUGUGCCUUUACUACUGUCAACGGAACCUACCAAAAGACCUGUUCUGCAGGAAGAGGAGGAGCCUAUAAAAGCUGCAAGCACUGCCACUGCUGAGCAUCUUGCUGUUUUGCUUCCCCUUCGUCCUCUCCAUGCUCUGGUUUGCUUGACUGCAAUUGAGAGAUUUUUCUCUGAACACGACUGGACUGGUUAUGGUCAGUAG